GGGAAAGAAAGGAGGACUGAAACAAGAAAAGAAGAAUAGGAAGCAGGGAAGGAAAUAGGAUCGAAUCAGGGAACGAGGGAGAGUGGGAGGAAGAGGGAGUCUGAAUCCUUGCUGGUCAUCAGGCUAACAUCACCUGAACUGUCCUGCUUCUGCUCUGAGGUUUCCUGCUAUUUGUGGAUGUACCAGUUGAACUGAACAAGAUGUGAGCAGAUGUUACACGAGCCAGCGUUGCUGCUUUCCAGCUUCUAAACAAUCUUAAGGUUAUUAGGGAGUCAUGACAUCACAGGAGGAAGGAUCUUCAUUCAGGAGGUUUUUCCAAUACGUGGAGGACAGUGGACUUCGAAUAUACGAUGGUCUGGUGAUCCAAAACGCCUCCGACAUUGCUAGAGAGAGCGACCGCAUUCGCAACCAGACCAAUUGGACGUACCUGCAUGAAAAACACCAGAAAAAAAGACGGCAGGAAGAAAGCAUCAAGAGGAUUGGUGAGGAUGUUGCCGCGACCUCGGAUGGGGCAUACUCCGGGAAACACUUCAGGAUGGGUUUCAUGACGAUGCCAGCUCCACAGGACCGACUGCCCCACCGCCAGGGCUUCACCGUCAGAUCCCAGUCCCUCCACUCAGUGGGCGGAGGUGAAGAUGACUCAACAGCAGCCGCAAACAACCCACCCAAACCUAAGAGAGAUCCCAACACCAAACUGAGCAGCAGCUCCGAAACUGUGGAUGGGGUGGAGUUACAAGAAGAGACCACCAAGACACCAAAGAGAACUCAAUGUUUCCUCCACUGUGAAGAUGCCUCCAAGAAGAUGCCUCCACCUAAACCCAAGAGGAAUCCCAACACUCAGCUUAGCACCUCCUUUGAUGAGUGCUACAUCCGUAACCAUGGCAACAAGAAGCCUUCCUUGCAAUGGGACAAAUCUUCAUCCCAAAGUCAAAGUUCAGCAUCCAGGGACACGGAUGAUGAGGAGCGUUACAUUGAGAUGGUGGGAAACAUCCUGCGAGGGCUGAAAGGUCAGGAAGCAGAGGAGGGCGACCAGAACGAAUCGGUCGAGGAGAUGAAGUACCCAAUGCUGGAAGACUUUCUGCAGGACACGAAUGCUGCCAUCAUUGACCCUGACGCUUGGUCAUCCCGCGGCUCACUCUGUGACAUUCCUCCACCUUUCCCAAAUCUCCUGACUCACCGCCCACCACUGCUCAUCUUCCCACCUGCCCCUCUCAGUGCUCCCGAACUCAGAUGAGUCCCCCUCACCCCUUUGGGCGUCACCCGCCUCCCAAUGUUAGAAAACGUCUCCUAUAGCAAGUCGGGCAGUGUUGAACAGCCGCAUGAGCUCCACUCACUACCGCAAAGAAGAGAGACCGGGACGUGCCUCCACUCACACCAUCACAUCUUCUGGUCGUUCCUCAGCUCCACCUCUCCCUCCAGCCUUUACAAGUCAUCCAGCACCACACACGGUGGUCACGGUUACCCCCGCAGCCAGUCAGCAUGCCCAUCUCCUGUCAGCAUGGGACGCUCACUAACACCUCUGAGCCUGAAGAGGCCACCGCCGUAUGACACUCUGAUGGCAGGAGGAAGUAUGCCUCGCUCUUCAUCUUCAUCUUCAUCAUCCUCACACAGGGCAGGUGAAGGAGGGGCUAAACUCAGUAACUCCUCCUCCACACAUGGGUCCAUGCAGAACAUGUCCGUGAGGUCACAGACUCCAACAAGUCCACUAGACGAACUCAACAACCUGUUUGCAUCAGGUAGACAGGUGAUGAAGAGGGGGUCAGGAGGGAGGAAGAGCAGGGAGGGUGAAGGAGAUGGCAAGUCCAGACAUGACAGUAAAGACAGAGAUGGACAGUCGAGUCCGGUUUCCAGCAGGAUGGGGAGGUCAUCUGUCAGUCCCACCAUGAUGCUGACGGGAGGAGGAGAACCAAAGUCUGCGGGUAAACUUGGCCGUUCAGCUUCGACUUCAGGAGUUCCUUCACCAGGUGGCACGCCACAUCGUCACCUGCAUGAGCCGCAUCACCUUGCCCUAAGCCAGAUGCCAUGGCUAUGUGGCGACGCCACCAUGAUGGAGAUGAUUGAGAAAAAGAGAGUUUUAUGUCGAGAGAUCAAAGCUCGUCAGCGGCCAGAUAAGAAUCUGUGCAAACAGGACAGUAUGCCCAUCCUGCCCAGCUGGAAGAGGAAGCAGCCACCGCCAUACUCGGCCUCGCCCACUGCCGCCGGCCAUGCUGCCACCGUGUUCUGGGACACCGCCAUCUGAAAGACAAAUACUCGCGCCAUGAAACACCCAAAACACUGUUGUGUAAAACGGAGAAACACAGCGAUGAUGAUCAUGAUGAGGUUCCAAAUGCACUGAAUGCUUUAAUGUGAUCAAAGAUGCUUUUCCUUCCUUGUUUCACGAGAGCAAGAGCAGAGCCACUGCUGAAAGUCACCAGACUAAACUUCUUUCUGCCCUUCUGAGCAUCUUCACAUUUUACAUGAAAUCAAGUUAUAAUGAAUCUAACAGUCAUGAAAGAGCAAAUGUUCUUCAGUUAUAUACAAAAACUGACAGUUGGACCUGCUCCUCUUUGUGGUAUGUUUGUCGUUUAAAGAAAGAACAUACCACAGUAAAGCUACAGAUAUCCUGAUGUGUCCAGAUCCAUCAAAAGAAUAAUCAGAGAAAUCAGUCAAUCUGUGCAGAGGGCAG